GACUGUUCUAUUCCUCAGGAAGUGUUUGUACCAGAGCCAGAUCAAAACAUCUUUUCCUCUUAAAUUGCCUUUACAGUAUAAGAAGCAAUUGAUAGAGGUUGUGAAUCCAGCAGAUCACCCUUUCCCUGAUCCUCUAGAAGAAGGGAUCUCAUUUGAUAUUUACUCAACAUUCACAGAGCCACCUCCACCAUUGGAUAUGGAAAUAAAGGGGUUGAAUCAAGAACAAGGCCCUGAAGAGUCCCAGCCAGAAGCCGAUACUUCAGAAACUGAUCUGUUAGUUGGUUUCACCAUUGAAGAGAUAAAAUCGGUGCUGGACCAAGUCACAGAUGACAUUUUAAUCAGCAUUCAGACCGAGAUAAACGAAAAGCUGCAAAUGCAGGAAGAGGCCUUUAAUGCACGAAUAGAAAAACUGAAAAAGGCCUGAGGACUCCGAAUCGGGAGUGAUACUAAAACUUAACAAAACAAAAAAAACCGGCUGGAAUCAUAGACUCUCUAGAGCACCAGAUCUCCUUCAUUUAGUUGAGCGAGGAAAACUAAGCCCCACUUUUUAUUAUCCUAACUAAUUAGAAAAGUAUUGGCCCCAAUUUCUCUAUCUCCUGUCCCAUAACAACCUCUGAAUUUAUUGCACUGUGUGUAAUAAGAACAUUUUUAUAUAAGAGUUUGGAGAACCAUAUAUAAAAAUACAAUUACUUUUAUAAUACUCUUUUAACAUUUUGACUAGUAAAGUUAUUCAUCUUCAAGGAGAAUGAAGUCAACAUUUUAAAAUAAAGAAGAAGAGUGAUUUUAUCCAUAUUGACCCAAAUGAACUGCCACAUUGCUGAAGCCUUGUGAACACAGACCACCACCAUACUGCUGAGGGUAAAAUUUGCUAAACAAUAGCAAUUCAAAUGCAUGUACUAGGUUUUUUUUUUUUCCUCCUUAAAUCAGUUGGUUUUCUUAUUUAAAUGUUUCAGUGUGAAACCAAUUUUCUGAAAUUAUAUAAUGCAGUUUGAAGCACUUUAAUUUAUUCUGUACUGUAUUUGUUAUUUCUAAUCUUGUUACUCUCCCGGGAGAAUACAUGACCUAUAUAAAAAGAAGCAAUGUAUAAAUGGUUAUUAAAGGCCAACCUAUAUAUAGAUUGUAAAAAUCUUAAAUACAAAUCAAACUCACAGAGCUCUUAAAAUUAACCAUUAUAUUGCAGUAGAAUGAUUGGAAACAUCUCAAGCCUUUAAAUACCAUUAUUAAAAAUAUAAUUUCAAAAGUAAAUAUCCAUUUGCCAACUGAUUGUCCCUAGUUUGGCAAAUUAAAUUGACUACUACCUCAGCCCUUUCCCAAUUUCUGAGACUUCAGAGUGUUCUAGAAUGUAGAGCAUUGCAAGGAGGGGACCAUUUCUUCAAGAAGUUUCCAGUUUAUAUUGGAACCAAAUGUACUUGCAUCUGGGUGGCGCUUGGUCGAAUAUGUUCUGUCCGUGCUCUGAGCUUGGGCUAUAACCUUGCUUACUGCAUCAGUACCAAGGGGACUGCCCAAAAUAUAUUCAUUUAGGGCAGAGACAGAUCUGGAAGCAUUUGGUCUUUUUAACUACACUGAUCAGCAAAGUAAGAGAAGUCCUUAAGAUGAAACUGUGUUUUAUUGUUCAUGCAGUUCUGAGUCUGGAAGGCCUGAAUGAGCUAAGGUUUCUUGAGCUGUCCUUCCUAACUGAAAAUGCUGAUGGCCAUCAGAGAUCACUAGAAAGGCUCACAAGUCUUAAUUUCAUCAAUCCGUCUUUUUUCCAGGGAAAACAGAGGUGAAACUAGAGAAACCACAAAUAGGAAAUAAAGGAGCUUCUUAAAAUACCCAUACAGCUUCAAAUGCAACCAUUGGCACAACAGUGGACCUCCAUUUCUAAUAAAGAGUGCUGAUUUUGAGCAAAGGUACAAAGAGUUCAAAACUGAAUAAAAAAUAAGCAGUUGGAUCCCUAAAAACUACACAAAAACAAUACACUAUAUGAACACUGAAAGCCAGCCUCUGGAGUAAGACUCCCAGGGUCUGAUGUGUGACUUUGGACAGGCUGCUCACCCUCUAAUUGGUCAUCCGUUAAGUGAAGGUAAUACUUAUUUUUUGCGAUUGUUCUGAUAACUCAAUAAAUUCACAUUAAA